UAAAAAAAAAUCCGGAGGUUCCAGCGUCAGCGAAGAAGCCGAAGGGCGAAGGCGAAGGCGCAGCGCAGGAACCGAAACGAAAUCCCCGCAGGAAAUCCGUCUAUCGCCCCCAUCUUUCGAAAGCAACAUAAAUCCAUCGCCGUCCGCCGCCCUUGGGAUUUCCCUCAACAAAUUCCUAGCACGUACGUACCCUCCACAGCCGCCAACACAACUCCAUCUGCAGCGGAGCGGGAGCGGGGGCGGGGGGGCGGCCGCGUUCUCUCGUCUCGCCACGAGUCGACCCACCCGGGCCUGCCGCUCUCGUCGGCCUCCCCGGUCAUCCGGGUUCGUCGCCAGCGCCGCCACUCCACCCAUCGCACGCGCGGGUUUCCCAUCACGGGUGGUUCAUUGGAAUGAGGCGCGAGGGGCCUGCAGUGUCGUUUAGACAGGGCGCUGCUGGUGACAUGGCAGGAGCUAUCUUCAUGUGCAACAUAUCCACAAGGGAACAAAGCUUUCAAGCAAGAGUUUUCAGCCUACCGUUGGAGUAUCAAUCCUUUGUUACCAGUGUCAGGAAAGGGAUGCCUUUGUUUCUCUUUGAUCACAAUCUGCGCAAACUUUAUGGGGUCUUUGAGGCUGCCUCUGAUGGAGGGAUCAAUAUUUGUGAUGCUCCAUUUUCGACGGCUCAACGCUCAUAUCCUGCACAGGUUCGCAUCAAUAUUAUUUGGAAGUGCAGACCACUAAGUGAAGAUGAGUUUUCCCUUGCCAUAGAAGACAACUACUAUCAUCCAAGGAAGUUUUACUUUGACCUUUCCUAUGAGCAGGUUGUUCGCCUCUAUGAGUUGUUCGAUGACAGGAGGGUAGAGCACCCUAUUCGUGACUAUCCAAAAUAUGAGAGUUUGGAAAUAAACCACUCCAGCAAUGGGAUACUGGACAAAGAAAGAUUAACUCCAGAUGUUUCUGAUUGCAAGGAUCAAUCAUGCCUUUCAGUUCCCAACAUUUCAGAAGUUGCAAGAAGAUACUCUACUCCUACAAGCAUGCAAACAGAUUCACCACUUAGUGUUGAGGCAUACCCAAACAUGUUGAUGCCCUUGAGAACUGAAACUUUUGGACCACAAAUUGCUCCCAACCUGAGCCGUCAUGACCAAGUAGACAUCCAUUCUCAGCGUGAGCUUUUCCCAACUGCUCCAAUGACAGAUGCUGUUUCAACUCAUGUAUCUGCCCCUUGCUCUCAAACUUCUAGGCUCCAGCUGGUUGCGAAGCAGUCAUACCUGUUGCCACAAGACUAUCCACAUAAUACCAUGCCUUCUGGAUGUACAGCUCAGGAGCCAAGAGGAGCUAAAUUUGUUGCAAAUCAGCCAUAUCCAUUAUCUCGUGGCUAUUUGCACAAUGGCUCGCUAACUUCUGGAUAUGCAAAUCAGAAUCCAACUUACAAAGGCAGUAAUCAUUUGAAUUCAACUUUUACCCCAUAUGAUAGUUUAUAUCCUCAAUCGUCGCUGUCAAAUCGACAAAGUAACUCUUACUAUCAAGUUCCUUGUGACAUCUGCUUCAACCAAGACCGCUCUGGUGCACAUAACAACAUAUAUGCAUGUGAGCCUCGGUGUUUCAGUGGAGAAGCUUUGCCACAGGCAAAACUAAGCAAACUAGGUAUUCCCACAUAUCCUGAAGCUGAACGUGAUGGGAAAGCAGUACCUGCAAUUUAUCAACAGAAAACGAGUUCUACUGAUUACAUUCAGAUCCUUGAUUGUAAUCAAGACUUCAAAAAUGAUCAGAUGAAGAAACAUGGUAUCUGUAGCAAUACUUCAGAUUCAUCAGAUCUUGAAAAUGGUAUUCUCAAUCCACGACAUACACAACAUGCUACAGGAGCUGAAAGCAACAGAAAGGAUUGGUGUAACCCUCCACAAACAAGUGUAUUUUCUCGCUUAUCAUUGAGCAAGCAACUAACUUCUCAAGAUGGCACAGGUCCUACGCUGAAGCAAUUGGUUUCUUCUCUUUCCCAGAUGACAGAACAAUGGAAUCACAAAAAUAGACCAACUGCAGAUGGUUUUAUUCCAUUGAUCGGGGAACAUGCUAUGGACUGUUUUCAUGCAGAGCUGAACCUGCCUAGUCAACUAGAGCUGGAAGAAGAAGAAAGCAUAGAGCCACAACUUCCCAACUUGAACUUCAAGAGACGCAGUAAAGCAGGGGAGGUGGAUGCAAAUUUGGGAAAAGAAAGUGGGAAAGUCAAGAGAAGAAAGCUUGUGCGCCCUUCCUUAGAAGAAACCAAAGUUUCUACAAAUGUCGAGGAAGAGUUGAAAAGAAAUUGCACACAGAACAUGAAUCAUAACUAUCAGGAAGCCAGUAAAGAUCAUUUUGACAUUGACCUAAAUGCACCUGCUGCAUCAGUAGAUAACGAUCUACUGGAGGAGGAUAACAGAAGUGCAGCGUGUCCAAGUGUUAUCAAGAUACAAACAGAGAAACCACAUGAAACAGACGUGAACAAACCAAACAACUCAGACGUGAUGGAGACAACCAAACAAGAUCCAUCAGUUGCACCUGCACAAAAGGUUUCCAUUGAAUUUAACAUCGCAGACUUGAACACAAUGGAUGAAUCGAAACUGCGAACAAUUCUCAAUCAAACAUCCUCAUUGUUGUUAUCACUUGGUAAACUCAAAAGUGGGAAGUCGAACAACUCUGAAGAGGCUAGGUCAAGUGUUUUUACUACUAGGACAGGAAAGUAAACAUGGCGGUGAACUCUAAUUGGGAGCGCCAAACCUGAGUGCAACUGACAAUAGCAACAAAAAGGGGUAUCCACUUCAUCUCGAUUAGAAUAUAUAUGGCAGCACAAGAUUGAACUUUAUAUGAGCAACUAGUGCCCUUCAGUAUAUGUGGAAACGGUUCUAUCUUCCUCAUGAUAGGCACAAGAUUGAAGUUUAUAUGAGCAACUAGUGCCCUUCAGUAUAUGUAGAAACGGUUCUAUCUUCCUCAUGAUAGCAUUUUGUAAUUUGGGUGGAUAUUUCUGGAAGGAAAAUCGACUCUUAUCAUGUAGGAGUACCAUCUCAGAAAACUCAAAACAACACCAGCUUCUCGAUUCGUUGCUAAUCCUGUUCCGGUUUGAUGCAAAAA